UUUCCUCCCACCCACUUUUGAGUCCCCCCUCCCCCUUCGCGCGCACUCAAGCUCUCGCCACAACCUGCGAGCCCCAGACCUCGGAGGAGCGCCCCAGGGAACUCAGAGCCGUGUGCAAGCGUGGCAGAAGGAGGAGGCCAGUGCCCAGGUUUCGUCCAUCACUCCUCGGAGUCUCUGAAUUGCAUUUUGCAGUAACUCAAAUGAGAAGAAAGUGGAAAAUGGGAGGCAUGAAAUAUAUAGUCUCCUUGUUUUUGUUCUUUAUUUUCCUAGAAGGAAGCAAAACAGAGCAAGUAAAACAUUCGGAGACAUAUUGUGUGUUUCAAGACAAGAAGUAUAGAGUGGGGGAGAAAUGGCAUCCCUACCUGGAACCGUAUGGCCUGGUUUACUGUGUGAACUGCAUCUGCACAGAGAAUGGGAAUGUGCUUUGCAGCCGAGUCAGAUGUCCAAAUCUUCAUUGCCUCUCACCCGUGCAUAUUCCUCAUCUGUGUUGCCCCCGUUGCCCAGAAGAUUCCUUACCACCAGUGAACAAUAAGGUGACCAGCAAAUCAUGUGAGUACAAUGGAACCACUUACCAACAUGGAGAACUGUUCAUGGCUGAAGGGCUCUUUCAGAACCGGCAACCCAAUCAGUGUACCCAGUGCAGCUGCUCGGAAGGGAAUGUGUACUGUGGUCUCAAGACUUGCCCUAAACUGACCUGCGCGUUCCCAGUCUCUGUUCCAGAUUCUUGCUGCCGGGUAUGCAGAGGGGAUGGAGAAUUGUCGUGGGAACAUUCUGAUGGUGAUAUCUUCCGGCAACCUGCCAACAGAGAAGCAAGACAUUCUUACCUCCGUUCUCCCUAUGACCCUCCACCAAGCAGACAAGCUGGAGGUCCUCCUCGCUUUCCUGGGGGGAGAAGUCACCGGGGAGCUCUUAUGGAUUCCCAGCAAGCAUCAGGAACCAUCGUGCAGAUUGUCAUCAAUAACAAGCACAAACAUGGACAAGUGUGUGUUUCCAACGGAAAGACCUAUUCUCACGGAGAGUCCUGGCACCCAAAUCUACGGGCGUUUGGCAUUGUGGAAUGUGUGCUAUGCACUUGUAAUGUCACCAAGCAAGAAUGUAAGAAAAUCCACUGCCCCAGUCGAUACCCCUGCAAGUACCCUCAAAAAAUAGAUGGAAAGUGCUGCAAGGUGUGUCCAGGUAAAAAGGCAAAAGAAGAACCUCCAAGCCAAAACUUUGACAGCAAAGGUUACUUUUGUGGAGAAGAAACCAUGCCUGUUUAUGAGUCGGUGUUCGUGGAGGAUGGAGAGACUACUAGAAAAAUAGCCCUGGAGACUGAGAGACCACCUCAAGUAGAGGUCCACGUUUGGACCAUUCGAAAGGGCAUUCUCCAGCACUUCCACAUUGAGAAGAUCUCCAAGAGGAUGUUUGGGGAGCUCCAUCAUUUCAAGCUGGUGACUCGGACCACCUUGAACCAGUGGAAGAUCUUCACCGAAGGAGAAGCUCGACUCAGCCAGAUGUGUUCAAGUCGGGUGUGCAGAACAGAACUGGAAGAUUUGGUCCAGGUUUUGUACCUGGAGAGACCUGAAAAGGGCCACUGUUAGACAAAACAGCCAGGAUUGGAUAGUAUCAAUCAAGGAAACCCAAGCUGCAGCUGGACUGCCGGCUUACCUUGCUUAAGUCAACAGCUCGCUAAAACCCCAAAGUCAGACGCAGUCAAAUUAUCCACUCCAGCCACAACAUACCUUUUUCCUCAAUGUGCAGCAGUGUGCAGCCCUCAAACAUCUCCUCUAAAGAGAAUAGAGGAGUCUUUAAUGAUGUCUGGAGGGAGAAGGGAUAGAACAUCCUGGUGCACCCUUCAUUUCUCUGAGAAUCAAUUUUAUUUGAAGGUUAAAAGAAAAACACUUUUAGGGAUUCUAUGCAUAAAGUUAGUCAUAUGAAAGAAAGAGAAGGAAACUGCUCAGUUUAAGUUGGGUCACAUAGGGCAAUCAUUUGUAUGAAAUGCCUUUUGAAUGCUCAAGUGUCUUCCAUUCUUCAAAAAAAAAAAAAAACUACCCAGUGGGUGGAGAUACAGGGCAGUCAGUUGUAGAGCACAUACCUAGCAUAUAUGGAGCCUUGGGUUCUACUCUCAGUACUGAAAACAAAAUUCCAUCCUCAUAUCUCAUAUACACAUGUAUGAACAGACACACACACUGAACAUGAAACUGCCGUUGUUUAUGGCUCCUAAAUACUAUUGAAGGUUGUUGGCAUCCAGGAAAACAAAUUGAAAAUGUAUGCAGAAGAUUCUGCUCUCAAGCCCUUAAGACAGUUUUUGAAGUCAUCAACCAUGGUGGUAGGGUGAAGAAUGCCAGUUAAGGGUCUUGUUCACUUUGAAGUGCUAAAUUCACUUGGUCUAAGAAUAUCACUUCUCUUUCCUUACCUGAACCUAUGGAGCCUCCAUUAGGAAGGUAUAAUUUGGUGAAAUUAUUAAAAAACUAAAUUCAUACAAAACAAUCCAUAACUGUAGAAGAUUCAUAACUAUAGAAGAAUAGACGUGAUAAAAAUAAAAUAGUCCAUCUUUUUUGUUUUCACAGCUAUAAAACUCACUAGUUUAUAAGCUAAUGCUCACUAAUUUUCUUGAAGCAAUAGUCACCUAGACAGACACUUUAGUUUGAAUUACUCUAAAACCCUAUUUAAGGGUGAUCUUACUUCUCUGAUUACAGGAGUUUAAAUUUGACUUUAUAAAGAGACUUGGUCCUUGUGAGCUUCUGAACAUUGGUUCUUCUGUCAAGAGAGUUACUAUUCAUUCAGGGAGCUGAGAAUUCUGACACAGACCUUUCUCCUAAACCUUCCUACUAGCCUUGCCUUGUCCACAAGCAUAGGUUGUAUCUGGGAUUUUAGACAAGGCUGCUCCUGAAAUGUUUAUUUGCAGCCCAAUGCCACAGCAUAAAUUAUCCUUCUGAGGCUUGGCUUUAGAAAUCAUCUUUGUGGAAAAACUAUAAAUACUUCCUAGCAAGGAGCAUAGGCCUGCUUUUUGGAUCUGUCCUCUCUGAGGAGCAUGCAUGAGCUCAAGUAAGUACUAAGAAAUACGAGGACCUAGAAACCCCAUAUUUCCCACACGAAGCAAGAGAACACGAUAGGAAAAAAUGUGCGAAAGGUCUGGUCUUUAUGGGAACCUGGCAGAGAAGGGUCAGUUUCCACAAAAGACACACCAGGCUUUGGGGCCAGGGCUUCAUGGGACAAAUUUCUUGCCAGCCAAUCACACACAUUCUCCUCAGAAGAGGGACAUAAGACAUCCUGCACUGCAAAGCCACAAAACAUUAUUGAACAUAUGAUGGGGACAGUGUUGAUCCACUGCUGCCUCCCCCUCAGGGGAAACAGUAUUUUCAGAGUGUGGAGAUCAGUAACCAGAUCCUGAAGGAAAGCGGUGAUUUCCCCUGCUAGAUGAUUCACCCCAAAGCCUUUCCACCCAGGUGUUCUCUGAAAGCUUAGCCUCAAGGGAACACCGAAAGAGCUCCCCUAGAUAGUCUCUUGCCUCCAGGUGCAGGGACACACCUUUCCAAAGUGCUGUGGGAGCAGAAACUUGGGAGCUGUCAAUGUAGAAAUCCUCCAGUGUUUUGGUAUUGGGUAGAGUGUAGGGUAGAGGGGAAAGAGGUCAAACUGCCUGUAGUUAGUAGAGAAGAAUGGAUAUGGUUCUUUUCGUGUAUUUAUUUGUAUCAUAAACACUUGGGACAGCAAAGACUAUAAGCACCAUUUUGCAGUUUUAUCCAUUUUCUAGUUAGCUCCUGUAAACAAGUAUGAGUAACAUAACAGUAUUACCCUUUCACUUUUCUCACAGGACAAGUACCCAAAUAUGGUACUUAUUUAUGUAGUCACUGUGUUUCUGGAUUCUUAAAUUAAUAAAAUUUUAAUUUAAAAAGAUUAUGUACAGGAAAGUCAUAUGAUUGACACUCCAGUCAAGACUGUCAUUCAAUUGGGUAAAAGAUGAUGGCGGGCCUAGUGGUGUCACAAUCAGCUUGACAUUCUUGUCAUACUACUCUCAAGUAGUUAGCAGUGUCAACUUAGCAGUAAGGCUGCCUAGAUUCUUAAGCCAGCUCUGUAAUUACUGUAUUUGUCAGUCUUCCCAAUUAGAAAAUGGGAUAAUGAUGAUACUAUUGUUCUUUGCCCGAAGUCUUGCAGUAAGGUUUAAUGUAGUCAGUACUUGUAAAAUAAUUAGUAUAGGGUCUGGUAUCCAUUGAGUAUUCAUUGACGACCAUGGAUAUUCAGGGUGGGCAGGGCACUUAGAAUGACCAUUGAUAUUUUACUUCCUCUUGGACAACUUACUUAGGUUUCAAGAGGACCUCAAUUUUGACAUGUGGUUCACAGCACUUUUAUGCAAAAGUUUGUUUAGGGAUCAGUGUAAGGAUUUUGUUACAUGUGUUGAUCCAGACUAAAUUCCCAGAUCUUCAAUGCCAACUAAAUACAGGCUAUUCAGAAUAUAGGCUAAGUCAGAAUAUGAAAGGAUUUUAAGAGAGAAGUCCAAAGUGUCACUCAUUGCUGAGAUGUCUAGUGAUACAGCAGGAACUAUGUGCUGACGUUGAUAACAUGGGAGAAGAGAAGAGAUGAUGUUACUGGAACAAAGGCCUAGUUGGGGUGGAUUGUCAGAGGUAAGUGGGGGGUGUUGUGAGGAAGUAGAGCUAGAAGCUCAAGAGAACUCACUGGAGAAGCUCUCUAGUAGAGUGAGAAAAGACAUGAUGAAGAAAUCAUCUGCAGAAAGAAAUGGGGUCAAAGCCAUUUUGUCUUAUGUAGGGCAGCUAUUUGUCCAGAUCAUAACACAGAGCAGAGAGAGACUAUAGGAAGGGCAAGACUAAAGACCAUGGGUAAUAAGGGAAUUAGUCUGUUUCAUGCAGGGCCGUGAAAGUUAUAUCCCACGCUGCUCUCAGUACUCACAACUCUUGACCCACAACCUGGGUGAACAUUUAGCUUUGGAUGUUGACCAUUUUUAUCAAGGUCCACCUAGUUCCAUCAUAUCACUAUUAUUUCAUCCCCCUUGUACUCAGCUUCCUUUAUUCUGGAAUGACACACUAUGAAUCAAAAUAUCACCCUACCUCCAUUAAGGAAAGUCAUUAAGUCAAACUAGACCUCUAUUGCUCCAUCUUGCAUUAUCCAUUUUCUAUGAUACUCAUACCCAUAUUUCUCCUGGUCCUUCAAGUUUGUGCUCCUAUAUGUAGAUAAUGUUUGUAGGCUUUUUCUGUCAACUCCUUUUGAAGGAUGUUUACCUCUUCUACUACUUCCACCACCACUCUUAGAAAGCAGCAAAGACCACCUCGUAUGGGCUUACAGAGAAGACCUGCCUGCUCCCAAACAUUGCCCAUCAUUUUAUACCUUUCUUGCUUUUACUUUUUUUAAAGAACUUUUUUAUAUUUAUUUUAUGUGCAUGGGUAUUUUUUUUCUGCAUGUAUGUCUGCAUACCAUGUACAUGCCUGGUGCCUAUGGAGGUCGGGAGAAGGUGUCAUCUCCUGGGACUGGAGUUGCCAAUGACUAUGAGCCUUAAUGUAGAUGUUGGGAAUCAAACCCAGGUCCACUAAGAGAGCUGAGCUAUCUGUCCUACCCUUUGCUUUGAUUCUUGAAGGGGCUCAAAAUAUGCCUCUCAAAAUUGUGCCAUUUUAGCACAAGGAUUACUUUGAGCUAAAGAAAAUUAAGAAUCAACAGAUGCAGAAAUUUUUUUCUAUUCUACCUACAACUGCCUGAACGCAGGACAUAAAUUUUCCUUUGAGGAAGGUAACCUCUCCUCCAUUUCAAGGACAGAAGAGUGACUCAUCCCUUAGGAUAGGAAAUUAACAUCAAGAUGAAUUUGCAUGAACAGUUCAUACUAAAAUAGUCUUCAGCAUCCAUUCAUUUCUCCCUCCCUUAUUCAUUUCCUAAUCUCUCUCCUAGAAUUUAUCAUCCAUUUAAGUUCAAGCUCUCCUUCCUAUGUUAAGACAGUAUAUAAUCCCCUGAAUCUAACCACUUUUUAGGGUUUCAUUUUCUUUCUGUGAACUUUUGUGUAUACACAUAUUAAUAAAAUUUGUGUGCCUUUUCUUCUG